AUGAUUCUUCUACAGCAAGCAGGACUUCUUCCUCAUCCUGAAAAGCCUUCAUCUCUUCCUAUGUCAGUGGCUACAAGGCCAAGAGCCAGCUCACCACUGUCCCCACCAAAAUCUCUCGGACUGGGGCCUUCAUUUCACCACACGCAAGAAGAGGAGCUUGCAAAGGUGGAGGAGCAGGACCCUAUGCUGGAAGAACUAUGUAAGCCUCUGUGCUGUAAGCUGUGCAAUGUCACUCUGAAUUCGGCACAACAAGCCCAGGCUCAUUACCAGGGUAAAAACCACAGUAAGAAACUCCGAAAUUACUAUGCUGCCAAUAGCUGCCCGGCACCUGCCAGAAUGAGCAAUUCGGUUGAGCCUGCCCCACCUCAGGUUGUCUCCCAUCCAGCUCAGAUGGGAUCCAGUAAACCAGGUGGCAGAGUGAUCUUGGCCACAGAGAAUGAUUAUUGCAAGCUUUGUGAUGCCUCGUUUAGUUCUCCGGCUGUGGCGCAGGCUCACUACCAAGGGAAAAAUCAUGCCAAACGGCUGCGCCUUGCAGAAGCACAGAAUAACUCAUUCUCGGAUGCAUCAGAACUAGGCAAACGGAGGGCAAGGAAAGAAGGGAAUGAGUAUAAGAUGAUGCAGAACAGAAGAAAUAUAUAUACAGUUCAAAACAACACAGGUCCCUACUUCAAUCCCCGCUCACGCCAGAGGAUUCCUCGGGAUCUGGCCAUGUGUGUCACCCCCAGCGGCCAGUUCUACUGCUCCAUGUGCAACGCUGGGGCCAGCGAGGAGAUGGAGUUCAGACAGCACUUAGAAAGCAAACAGCAUAAAAGCAAGGUGUCGGAACAGCGGUACCGGAGCGAGAUGGAGAACCUAGGCUAUGUACAAUGA